CGACUAAUAAAUUUGUAAACACCAGCCGCAAACUAUGCGAGCCGAAAUGACUGUUGGCUUUGAAAUUGAAAGUUUACAAAACUUACGGAUUUUCAAUGGAUACGCCGAGCAGAAACGAGAGAGGAAGUCCUCCCUGGAGCUUCCAUCCUCUCCUGAGGAGUUUGAGAGUGACACUGGCCUUGCUGACCAGACAACAAGUGAUGGCACCAAGAAAACACGCUCAAAAUGUGGCCGCCCGGCAAACCCCAUACCCCGACACAAACGGCAAUCUCACAUUAAGGCAGAAUACAAGCGAAGAGAUAAAAUUCAGAAGGGUUUUGACACUCUAUUGUCCACGGUUCCAUCUCUAAUCGAAGUGUCCUCAGCUAAAGAGAGUAGAUCAGCGAUGCUGUUGAAAUCCACCGAGUACUGUCGACAGUUAAAAACUGAGUGUGCCAGCUCAAAGGAUGAGAUUGAAGCCCUUCAGCGAGAGCUGGAAAGCCUGGGUACCGAUAUUCAGAAUUUGCAAGACCAGCUGCCCCAACACGGCUCAAACCAAAACAAGGAAGUCGAGAUGGUUUCCAUGGAUACGCUGUAUGACCAGUACGUGACUGAGCAGACGAAAAAAAAUUGGAAGUUUUGGAUCUUUGGGUUCUUCAUGAGACCCCUGUAUGACUCGUUCAAGCGGACAAUGGCUAACAAGAAUACGCUGAAGGAGUUUAGUGGAACCGUUCAGGAUUGGGUACAGACGACAUUGUCACUGAAGACUCUAAGAAAAGGUAUCCUUGAGUCACUACGUUACAUGAGCAAGCAUACGAGCAUCAUGACAACCCCGGAACAGCUAGAGGAGGAGGCGCAUGCCAAUGUCCACCGUCACUUCCUGUGUAAGGCAAGACGUGACUCGGCGGGCAAGCUUGACCUUGGCCCUAGACCAAAAACCGAGAGUCCAAGUGGACAUCGGACUCCCCGAACACCCACCCCAAUACCGGGACCCUCAAGGGUUGCAGGUUCUGUGCCAGGGACCCCUUGCAGCCAGACCCCACUCCAUACACCCUGCCCCACCCCGCCACGUACCCCAGUGGUGAGCAGACGUAACAGCAAGCGGGAGAGCGUCAGGUCAAUGGAAAGUAGGUCAAGGUCGAAUUCUCCAGCCCAGGAGGAAAACAAGGCAAAGAGGAGAUCUGGGUACAGGUCAAGGUCAGGAAGAAGGACCCCCUCAGAUGCCCAGGAUGACAACAGACCCUUGGAGUUCCUAUCAAGCCGCCCCAGCCAUGCUAUCCAGACUCCCUUUGCCCAGUACAUGGUGACAAGCCAGAAUGCCUCUGCUCCAAACACUUCUGUUGUUGCCAUGGUGACAGGGUCAUCCUUUAUUCCAACUGUUGCUAUGACAACUACUGUCAACUUGGUGAAGGUUGCUUCCAUAACAACCACUGGACCAAGUGAGUCAUCUUAUGUUCCCAUGACAACAGAGUCAGCAUUUUCUCCAACUGUUGGCAUGACGACCACUUCCAACAUGAUGCAGGGUUCUUCCAUGGCAACCAGAGUGUUCAAUGCAACAUACAAUAGUAUGAAAAGUGAACAACCUUUAGAUAACAAUAUCAAUGACCCUCUCGUGGCAUCGUUUGUUGAAUCUCUUAUAUCGGCAAUGCAGCCCCACUCCCAGCUACCUAAGCUUAACACUAUGCUCACUACUGAUUCUGCCAACAUGUCCCAGCUUAGAUUGUCCUUGCCCAUAAGAAGCCCUGUUCAAGCGCCCUCCUCUAGCCAGAUGUUCAUCCCAGAAACACAAAGGAAUACAACAACAUUACAAGAUUCUUUCUUAAACCAGACAAGCAUGUCAACUGCAACACCCCAUAGAGGGGAAAACCACAAACAAGCCUUUGUCCCUCUCAACAGACCUGUUGUCAUCAAGGAAGGCAUUUUGACCCCUGUUUUUACCAGUGCUUCAAAUAAUACAAAUAUGAGCCAGAAUCUGUCCAGCUCAAGUUUAAUGGCAAUGGAUACUACAAGUAUAAACUCUUUACUGUCAGUUCAGAAUUGUGUAACAAGCCAUUCUCCUAUGGUUCAGUGCAGUGAAGCAGAUCCCUUGCUCUGUGGGGCCUCUAAUAUGGACCUUACAAUGGCUGGAGGGGCCUCAGUGAAUGGGGCCACUAAACCAGAGUCAGCUUUCAUGGAAUUCUUAAACAAUGAAGAAGACAGCCUCAUGAAUAUGUUGAAGGUUGAUGUGUUGGACGUCAACUCUGUGCUCAGUUUUUUCACUGAUUCAUAAUAGAGGACGGUUUCUCCACUUAUCGUAGUAUUAAUUGAUAGUUUUCUGUACAUUGGCCACAUAUCAAUGUGGUACAUCAUUUAAAAAGGAGUAUUUAUGUUUGUUUUCUUAUUGCAUUUAAAAUGUUGUUUAAAUACUUUGAAGUUUUUUCUCAUUUUAAAAAUGAAUAAAUCAGCAUUAAACCAAGUUUAAAAUAUUGGUCAAAUUUAAUGACUGUCUCACCUCAGAUUUUAUUAGUAUUUGCGACUACAGUAUUUCAGUUUAAGUGCCUUGUUGACCUAGAAUUACAUUGCAGUUACCAUAAUAUUAAAAAAAAAACUUUAAUCAUUUCUCAAUAUCAGUUCCUUUUUCACGUAACAGCUCAGCAUGAUUUAAAAUAUUAAUCGUUUUUACUCCUUUUAAAAGACCUUUGUUUAAAAAAAAAAUGUUCAUAUUAUAAAGAAAGUAAUUAUUCACAAUGUGGCAUGGCAAAAAUAUGACAAUCUGUCAUGUUGCGGAGUGAAAAUACAGCAAUUCUCCUUGUGGUUGAGCAAAUAUACUUUCCAUUAUUUAUUUUCUUUCCUAAUUCAUGAUAAACAUCUUUUAAAUAUUCAUAACUGUUGAGUCAGAAGUUAAGUUUUUUGUUGUGUUAUUGGGCAACAGCAUAUCCUUUUGGGGAAAUGAUAUGGAAAAUGACAAAGAUUGUUGUGAUUUGAUACUAUUUAUUUUAGUCAUUAACUUUUGUGUUGAGUAAUUGAUCGGCUGUUUAUAUAAUAGUUUACCAGUUAAACUGAACAACUGUUAAUCUAUUUCACUGUAAUUAAAAAGUUUUAUCCUGUUAACAAUGAUACAUGUAUGCAGAACAGAUAAGAUCCUGGUUAAGUUUCUAUUCAUUGCGCUUGUUUAUUGGCCUGUUUUAUUAUUAUAAGUAGCAUCUUGUGAAUAUAUGGUCCAUUGUUUCUAAGUGUAAUGCAUAUAAACACUUAAACUCGAUCUUAACACUUCAAUUCAUGUGUGACCCAUCAUAAAUUGUUAAAUUUGUCCUGGCUGUCAAUCAUUCAGGCCACAUGGGAAUAUGUGGGAAUCUUGACCGAUUAAUUCAUACAUUUUCAUUUUUGAUGAGGAAUUUGUAUACAGGUCUUUUGAUGGCGUUUUUAUUCCCUCUAUAUAAAGUUGUUUUUUUUUGUAAACCCAGUCACAAAACCCAGUCACAAUAGCCUAUGCUCAAAUAUGUGGAAAUAUCUUCAAGGGUAUUAUACAAACUUUUGUAAGAAUUUGACUCAUUUAUGUAUUAGUUUAAGAUUCUGAUGUAAUAAAUUGUUGCCCAUACUUGAAUGCUCUUGAGAUUUUAACCUACAUUUCCAUCCAAUGAGAUCACCAAUCGGCCUCCAAUAAGUACCACACUUAAUUGUUUAAGGGCCCUUCUAAUGCACCAGUCAAUUGUAACCACGGCCCCCCCAGGUCCGGGGGUAUACCGGGGAUAGCCGGGGAAAAGGGCCGUGUUUUUACUUUCCAGGUGGCCCCGCAGUGCCGGGCGACUGCGGUGGUUUUGUCUUCACGCCAAAUAUAGCGGGAAAUUGGCCUUAUCUAGGGUCACUUGGGUGCGGGGGCAUUUGGCGGGGGUUUUACCAACAGAUCGUCCCCGCAGGGCGGAGACUUUGCCCGGGCUUGGCUGGACCAAAAGUCAAAGUCCCCGCUAUUCCCCGGACCUGGGGGGCCGUGGUUACAAAUGACUGGUGCAUAAAUCAUUAAGUUUUUGCACAAUAGGUUUUGACUUUUGCUCAAACAAAACUAUUUUAUUUACUUUCAAAUUUCACUGAAGGAUGGGGCAUUAUGCUUGGAACUAAGGGUUGCAAAUAUCAUUAGGGUCUUUUUGUUUCUAGUAAGGGCAUUUAAAAGUUGUUAUUUUUAAUCAUAUUUUCUAAUACGUGAAUAUAUUUUUGUAGUCAACCACAUAAGGUCAUUCUAUGUUCUUAAAUAAUGAAAUUUGCCUCAUGAAUUUUGAAUCUGUAUAUAUUCCACAUUAGACUAGUUGUGUUUACAUGUACAUCACCCAUAAUCUGUGGAGUUGUCAGUUAUUUACAUAGCAGUUCAACCUCAGUUUAUUAAGGUUAUAAAUACAUAUACAAGACCUCUGCACCUUUCAGUAACUUCCUGACCUGAUCUUAAGUACAUCUGACCACUGGUCAAAUUAAGGUCAUUAUGGUCAUAAAUUGAUACCAUAGGAGUACUGGUUUUGCUUGUUUAAGUAGGAUGCAAUUUAAUUCAGCCUGUAAUGCAAGGGAGAGAAUCCAUAGUUUGUGGUAGAGUAAUACUAGAACUGAUCAUUGUAUAUAGUGUUCAUUUAAUACUGUUGUAAAGGUUAUUUCUUAUUUUAAAAAUAUGUGUAUAAAAAAGAUAGUAUAAAAAAGAAAAUUAGAACUGAACAUUGUAUAUAUUGUUCAUUACUGUUAUAAUACUUGGUAGAAAAGUAUGUUAUUAUAUAGAAAAAAAUAUAUUAGAAAAAAAUGUAAAUGUGGGAAAAACUUCUACUGUUAGGUAAAGAAAGAGUAAAACACACACACACAAAUACAUACAAUGAAAAUUAGUGAAUUGAAAGAAAUAUAAAUUGAACGUGUUUAUAAUGAAAUAUUGAUUAUUAUGCCCCCCUUCGAAGAAGAGGGGUAUAUUGCUUUGCACAGGCAUGUCGGUCGGUCGGUCGGUCGGCCGGUCCGUCGGUAGACCAAAGCUUGUCCGAGUGAUAACUCAACAAUUCCUAGACGUAUGGUCAUCAAACUUCACAUGAAGGUUGGGCCUGACCAGUAGAUGACCCCUAUUGAUUUUGGGCGUCAUCAGACCAAAGGUCAAGGUCACAGUGACCUUGAAUGGUAAAAGGUUGUCCAAGUGAUAACGUGACAAUGCCUGCACCCAUGGCCCUCAAACUUGACUUGGAGGUUGGGCCUGACCAGUAGAUGACCCCUAUUGUUUUGGGGGGUCAUUGGGCCAAAGGUCAAGGUCACAGUGACCUUGAAUGGUAAAAGAUUGUCCGAUUGAUAACUCAACAAUGCCUGCACCCAUGGCCCUCAAACUUGACUUGGAGAAUUGGCCUGACCAGGAGAUGACCCCUAUGGUUUUUGGGGGUCAUCUGGCCAAAGGUCAAGGUCACAGUGACCUGGAAUGGUAAAAGGUUGUCCGAGUGAUAACUCGACAAUGCCUGUACCCAUGGCCCUCAAACUUGACUUGGAGGUUGGGCCUGGCCAGAAGAUGGUCCCUAUUGAUUUAAGGGGUCAUUGGGCCAAAGGUCAAGGUCACAGUGACCUGGAAUGGUAAAAGGUUAUCCGAGUGAUAACUUGACAAUGGCUGCACCCAUGGCCCUCAAACUUGAUUUGUAGGUUGAGCCCGGCGAGAAGAUUGUCCCUAUUAAUUUUAGGGGUCAUUGGGCCAAAGGUCAAGGUCACAGUGACCUUGAAUGAUAAAAUGUUGUCCAAGUAAUAACUCAACAUUGCCUGCACCCAUGGCCCUCAAACUUGAUAUGGAGGUUGGGCCUGACCAGUAGAUGAUCCCUAUUGAUUUUAGGGGUCAAAGGUCAAGGUCACAGUGACCUUGAAAGCAAACUCGACAAUUCUUGGACCUAGGGUCAUCAAACUUGACAUGAUGGUUGGGCCUGCCCAGUAGAUGACCCCUAUCGAAUUUGGGGGUCAUCAGGCCAAGGUCAAUGUCACAGUAACCUUAAACGCAAAAAAGUUAACAAAUCUUCCCCCACUGAUAUCUCAACAAUGCCUGAACCUAUGAUCAUUAAACUUGACAUGGAUGUUAAGCCUGACCAGUAGAUUCAUAGAGCCAAAGGUCAAGGUCACAGUGAUCUUGAAUGUUAAAAGGUUGUCCGAGUGAUAACUCAACAAUGCCUGAACCCAUGGCCUUCAAACUUGACUUGGAGUUGCAUCUGACUUGUAGAUGACCCCUUAUGAUUUAAGGGGUCAUCGGGUCAAAGGUCAAGGUCACAGUGACCUUGAACGAAAAAAACUUGUGAUAACUUGACAAUGCCUGCACCCAUGGCCCUCAAACUUGACAUUUAGGUUUCUGGUGACCAGCUGAUGACUCUGGAUUUUGAGUUCAUAGAGUCAAAGGUCAUGACGGUCAUAACACACUAUAUCCUCACACUUUAAUGGUCAUAAUCUUAAAACAGCAACAAAUCAGCUGUCAUUUCGGUCCAUGCAUAUUUCAUUCAAUUGUCCAUAUAAUCCUGACAACAUGGCGCUCAGGGGGGGGGGGCAUAAUGUUUGACAAACAUCUCUUGUUAGAUAUUGCUUUUCUGUAAUUACAAUACAUAUUCUUAUGUGACAAGGGUUUGCAAUGAAUUUUUAGCAUUAUAUUAGCACAAUACUAUAAUAGACAUUGUAUAGAGUGUUUGUCCUUUUGUAUGUUUAUUGCUAUUUUUAGAACAUAGAAGGACCUUGUAUGUUUGUUGCUAUUUUUAGAACAUAGAAGGACCUUGUAUGUUUGUUGCUAUUUUUAGAACAUAGAAGGACCUUGUAUGUUUAUUGCUAUUUUUAGAACAUAAAAGGACCUUGUAUGUUUAUUGCUAUUUUUAGAACAUAAAGGACCCUGUAUGUUUAUUGCUAUUUUAAGAACAUAGAAGGACCUUUUGUGGCUUCCACAUAUUAAAAUAAUUCUAGGGUGAAUCUUAUCUUAUACUUGAAAGCUUUAAGAUAAAUAUCUGCAAUUCUAUUGUUUGUUUGUGUAUCUUAACAAAGUGUUGGGUUUGAGUAACCAAAAUUUUGUAUGUUGUAUAUAUGUAAAAAGGUGAUAUAUAAUAUUAUCUCUGUGACGGUCAUAAUGUUGUUAUCUUCAGAAUUUUUGUUGUUUGGUGGAACCCAAUAAAACGUUCGUUUUAAA